GUGAAGCUAGGAGGUUUGUCUUUUGGAGGCAUUCAUCUUAAUCCCGUUGCUUACUACUUGCAUGUGACUGGCAGCAAAAGCAUUGCUUUAAAAACUUAUUUCCUGUCACUUCAAAUGGAUACUUUCCCUGUGCUGGGCAAUUCCCUUUGCAGCUUCACUGCAUUGGGUCUCUGAACUGUAACUAACUUUUCUCACUCCAGCUUCUGCUGUCUUGCUUUGUGAAGCCUUCAGCAGCUUUUUCCAUCUAUGGCUUUGUCCUAAAUGUUCCCAAGAUUUGGCAAGGUGCUCAUAUUGCACAAAAGGAUCAUCUGGCAUAUAGUGAUCUAUUGCUGUGCUUAAUGCUGUGCUGUGCAAGGGACACUUUGAGAUUCUCAACGAACGCAGAAUCAGAUCUGCCUGGAGUCUUAAUAAAGAGAAGUCUUGCUUACUGGCAAUGGUUUUGAUAGCUAUGAGCUGUGACAGCUUGCUUUCAAGAUAACCUGCCUCUUCAGCCAUUCCUUGAGACUGCUUCUCCAAAUCCUUUUCUUAAGGGAUUUAAAAUGUUAGUUUAUCUUUAGCUCUGCAUCAAAAAUGUUCUUAAACAUCUGGUGUCUGCUCUGAAACAGGGCCCUAGCAUUCCUUGUGCUUCACAGUCACACCACUGACCACCAGUCUUAUCCCUCUCAAGCUCAUGAUGAUGGACACCAGAUAGGCACAUGCAGCAAACAGGUAGAUCAGGUUGGUCAGAAGAUCUAGCAGUGCCCAGGCUGCCAUACAGUUCUUGAUGUGCUGUGGAAAAAAAAGGAGAUUUUUGAGGAGUUACAACCUCUCUGCAGUGAGAAGUGAGUUAGCCUUAUUGAGAUUAAUAUCAAUAACCUCCCAGCUUUCUUUAAUGCACAAGGCUCCUCUUUGGUUUCACCUUCUGAGCCACUUCCCAUUUUGGUCACGUUAAAAACAGGAAGGCUGUCUGGGGUUUAUUUUGAGGGAUAUCUGCAGUUCCUUGCAAGAGGAAGACUUACAAGCUGACUCAUAGCUUUGAAGGCCCAACAGAAUUUUGGGAUGCAUUCUUAAUAGGUCAUAAUGUUUUGCAAGAAAACAGUCAUUUACACAAGAAAUUAUCAAUAGGUGAACUGUUCCCUCCCUUCUAUCUCUUGUGACAGGUAAACCCACCUGCAUGUGAACCCAUCCCUUUGCAAAUGGGGAGGCUUUGCAGGGCUGUCUUCUGAGAAAACAGAAACCUUUCAUAAACAUCAGUGAAGGAAUAGCUGCAGUUUCUCUUCUCUGACUGCUUAGGAUGUAUGAGCCAUGGAGACCCUGAAGUCCCAGCCAUGCUAUGAAGAAGUCACCAGCAGUUCUCAUGACUUUUCAUGCAGGGCUAUGGAUGCUCAAACCCUCUCCUAAUUAAUUUGGUCAAAGUUGCUUGGCUCCUGCCAGGGUUGGGAGAUGAAUCCAGAUCUUGUUGCUUCCAAAUUCCUCCUCCUCUACUUGAGCACACUUUGUGUGGUCAUUGCUCUCUAUGGCCUCACUACUAAGCUCCAAAUACUUCCCAAUGCAGUGAUCUGUCUCGCUGCUUCACGUCUGGUUUGUAUGGUUCCCAAUUCCCUAUAAAGCCAUUUUCCUCAGGGCUAUAGGUGGAAGCAAGACUUUCUUGUUCCUCAAAUGCUUUGUACAUUUUGUUUUAUGGUUGUUUUUUCCCUCUGCUUUUUUCAAAGCAUGCUCUGAAGCUGAAGCCAGUAUGGGGAGCUAUAUCUGUGCCUCAGUUGAAUCCUGUCUUUUCAUCUCUUCAUGACCCCACUUGCAAAUGAGCAUACUUUCCGUUGCCUCUGUAGCUAGCAAAAGAAGUCUUUGAAAUGUGACAAGCGAAAAGGCUCAGACAAAGAGCAGAUGCUUUAUGUAAGUCUGCAUAAGCUGCAAAGAGCUAUUUCUGAAGCGAUGCAGCUGGCACAUUUCUCAGCUGGAGUGUUCCUGUGGCUAGCUAUCAGCUUUUUACUUCUUUGCUCUGUUUAAGAACUUUAAUUUGUUAAAUGACUUAAAAGAAAAUAAAAUAGGGGAAAAAAGAAAAAAAAGGCAUUUCAAAAGAAAACUGUUCCACUUCACAACCUCACAUCUGCUUCAGCAGCGUGAAUAAAAGUGGGGCCAGACAGGACUUGGUAAAGCUUCAGGAAAGCAAGUGCACGUGCUUCACAGCUGGCACCUAACUGUUACCAAAAUCUGAGUGCAAAGAGCACUUGCUUUCAGUUCAGAUCCAUGAGAUGUGGAGUGCUACAGCAUUUAUGGACUGUGAGAGUGUUGGUCAAAUGUUGUUAAACACAGGGAGUCCUUGGAGAAAGAGAGAUGGAGGUAGCUAGAAAGUGUCUGUAUGAUUUGUUGCACUCUUUUCUGAGAAUGUUUGGGAAAUUUACAGUUUCUGGGCAAAGAGAUCUGUCUCUGAAAUGGCUUUCUCCUUCCCCGCCCCUAAAGGAUUUGCCAUGCAGUUAGUUGAUUCUUCUGAUUCCUCAGCAUUUGCUACUUCAGCUCGUUUAGCACGUGUAAUAACAACACACUGCAUCUGAGUAAUACUUGUUACACAGAGCUCUGAUAGUAGAAACUAUGUGGGAGUAAUUCUGUGUGAGUCUGGUCGAGCUGAGGGUGAGCAGUACAGAGAACCAAGGGCUCAGCAGAAAACAAAGAGUUGUUGGUAGAGGGGAGAAGAGACGUGCAGAAUCCCUUGAAGUACCCUGGGCAUCCUGCCAUAAAAUGUCAAAGCCAUAAAAUGACACCAACAAUGUACAAAAUAAAAGGGAAACACCUUGUGCUCUGCGUGUGUGUGUGCAUGGGGGGAUCUCUUGCAUUAAAAAAUUUCUAUGAAGGGCAUUUGAGAGCUGACAUCUCUCUUAAAUCCCUGCUAUGAGUUCACGUGAGACAAUUUGCACAUUGCGGUGUGAUGCAGCACAUCUGUGCAGCAGGCACCAAAGGACAAGGUGGCCAGUACAAACAUAGACCCUCACAGCCUUUCCUGACAGAUGCUAUGUAUUCUAGAAGUAUUGAUGGACAGAAAUGGAGCCACUGCUAAAAAUGGCCUUUCAGGAACAUAAGUUUACCUUUCAGCAGGUCUUUGCAUCUGAAGUUUUAUUACAGUGUCACUGGUGUACGCCUUGAAACCUCAGUUAGGAAAUCCACAAUAGAGUCACUUUUUCUCAGCGAGACAUGCAGAUCUGGAGAAGCAUCAGAGGAAGAGAGCAGCCUUUGCCUGGUAUCUCCACUCCUUCCUUCACCUUAAAGCUGGGAACGAUGAGGUUGCUCCUAUAUCUACUCUUCCUAAUGAUGGUCAAGUCCUUGAGGAGCUUUAAUGUUGACACUGGCAAGACAUGGAUCACACCACACACAGCCUCUUUGUUGUGGCCCUCUGUUCUUCAGCACUGGGAUGGAAACACGGCCAUGAUUUUGGCUACUUCCUCAGUAGACAAGGGGCUGGGCAGGCUGAGGAAGUGCACCAUUUUGCAGGAGGAGAUCCAGUGCCAGGAGAUACCUCUGCGAGGAAAUAUUAAAGGCUCCAAAAACGUCCAGGAUGGCGGCAUAGCUAUUGACAGGAAUUCAGAUUGGAUCCUGGCUUGCCUGCAGAAGAAGCACCACCGAGCCUUCACUACCACCGAGGACAUGAAUGGAGUCUGUACUCUGCUCACCACCGACCUGCACAGCACAGCCUUCCUCAACCUCACCAAGAUGGUUGAGACCAAAUUAAAAGGCAUUCAAAGUAGAACCAGCAACAAGAAGAUUGCUGAAGGGAGCAGCUCUGUCAGCACAGACACCACCAGCAGUGCUUGUGGUGAGCUCUUUGGUAGCACACAAAACAGCUCUGUGUGCAAAGAAGUGGGAACAGAGAUUGCUGUCAUUCUGGCUGGAUCAGAGAACACCAAGCCAGACGAUUUCCAAAAUGCCAAGACCUCUGUCCUCAAUCUGAUGAAGUCAUUGUGGCAGAAAUGCUCAAAGAUCAGGUUUGCUGUGGUGCAGGGUGGAGCACAGAUCCAAACUGAACUGAGCCUGCAAGAGAGCUGCAACAGGCUAACUGCUUUCUUCAAAGUCAGGAACAUCAAGCAGCAGAGCUCACAGACUGACAUCGCAGCCACACUGCAGCAUGUGUUGAAUAAAGUCUUUGAAAGCCAUGACUUCAGCCAGACUGUUAACAAGAUAAUCAUUGUCAUGGCAUCUGGGCAAGUGCUUCUGGAAAACCAUAGGUUGGGAAAUCUCAUGAACUCCUUGGACAUGGCUAGGGUCAAACUCUAUGCUCCUGGGAUUGGAGAGUUCACAAGCAACCAGUGGGUCCCAGAAGAGCUGCAGAAAGUUAGAGGCGACAGGUUCAUUCUGUCCACACAUGAAGAUUUUGACAGUUUCCUUUCAGAGCUGGAGAGAGAGACUCUGAGAGAUUCAGCUGAAAAUACUCCAGCUGAAGCACCAGGGCACAGAAAACCUAAUAACAGUGGGGACAGCAGGCUCCCGUCUUGGAUGGAGGAGGACGAAGAGGAGGAGGAGGAAGAUGGCUUGUCUUCUGGAACUGAGAUUGCUUUUGUCCUGGAUGGAUCAGGGAGCAUUGAGCCCGAGGAUUUUGAAAGAGCAAAAGGAUUCAUCCAUAAGAUGAUGAAAAUGCUGUAUGAGAAGUGCUUUCAGUGCAAUUUUGCAGUGGUGCAGUAUGGGUUUGAAAUCAGAACGGAGUUCGACCUGCGAGAAAACUGGAAUCCUCAUGCCACCCUCCAGAAAGUACUUGAUAUUGUGCAGGUGUGCAAUGUGACAAAAACAGCAUCUGCCAUGCAGUAUGUCCUGGAUUCUAUCUUCACUGAAAGUCAUGGGUCCCACAAGGAUGCAGCCAAGGUCAUGAUUGUGCUUACAGAUGGGGAAAUACUCCUGGAUGAAAUGAACUUGACAACUGUUAUAAAUUCACCCAAAAUGGCAGGAAUCAAGCGUUAUGCUAUUGGAGUGGGAGACGCCUUCAAAAAACCAAAGGCCCUAAACGAAUUGCGGCUAAUUGCCUCUGGUCCAGAUGACACUAAUGUAUUUCAGGUGACCAAUUAUUCAGCAUUAGAUGGGCUGAUUUCAACCCUGCAGCAGAGUAUUAUUGGCAUAGAAGGUACACAGGGUGAUGCUCUGGAAUAUGAACUUGCACAAGCUGGUUUCAAUGUGCAGAUCUUGGAUAAGCAAGUCUUAAUCUUUGGUGCAGUGGGGGCCUUUGACUGGUCUGGUGGAAUUCUGCUGUAUGAUCUGGCAACCAAGACUGCUGUUUUCCUGAAUGAAUCUAAAGAAGCAGCCCAACAAGCAAAAUACGGUUACCUAGGGUACAGCGUGGCAGUGGUACACACAGAAUAUGGACCCUUGUACGUGGCUGGAGCUCCACGGCACAGCAUGAGCGGGAAGGUGUUGGUGUUUCAGGAUGGCCACUUAAAACAAACCCUGCAAGGAGAACAGGUUGGAUCUUAUUUUGGAUCUGAGCUCUGCCCAGUUGAUGUGAACCGUGAUGGGGUGACAGAUCUUCUCCUUGUUGGAGCUCCAUUUUACCACAUUCGAGGGGAAGAAGGAAGGGUUUACGUCUAUCGCCUGGAGACAGAGACUGGAUCAUUCACCUUGAAAGAACACUUAAAUGUGCAAGUGACCUCUCCUUUUGCAAGGUUUGGGUUUACUGUGGCCAGCAUUGGAGACAUCAAUGGGGAUGGAUAUGAGGAUAUUGCAGUUGGAGCCCCCCUUGAAGAUCAGCUUUCAUACGCUUCCUCUUUCGGCAGCAUUUACAUCUUUAAUGGGGAUAAAGACAGGAUCAAGAGCUCUUUUUCUCAAAGAGUAAAAGCCUCAGAAAUUUCUUCAGGACUCCAGUAUUUUGGACAAUCCAUUGAUGGUGGCUUUGAUUUCACUAAUGAUGGUCUCCAAGACAUCACAGUAGGAUCACUGGAGAACGUGAUUGUGCUACGCUCGAGACCAGUUGUCCACUUUCUCACCAGCAUGAGAUUCAACCCUGACAGAAUCCUCAUUUUCCAAAAUAACAGCCUUGUCACAGCACAACUAUGUUUCAAUGCAAUCUCGGCUCUACCGAUGUCUCAACAAGAGUUUUCACAGUUGUACAUUUUCUACACGGUGGACUUAGAUGUGAAAAUGGCAAAGAGGAGAGUACAGUUUGAAGAUCAGAAUACCACAACAAGUGGGAAGCUGUUGGUCAGCGAGCACAUGUGCUCUGAACUGCAGCUUUACCCGCUGCCAUGUGACUCUGACUGUUUUACCAGUGUGUUUCUGAGAGUUAAACACGACGUCUUGAACAAAAAUGAUCCCAUGGAGUUUGCUGUCCCUGUGCUGGAUAGAUACCAGCCAUCAGAAAUGCAUUUUCAGUUGCCUUACAAGGAGGACUGCAACAAGACCAUCUGCGCUGCUCAGUUAACUUUGACAACUGAGAUUCAAAAGGAAUUAGUGGUGGGCUACACUAAAGAAGUGAGCAUGAAGGUUUCACUAAUGAACAGUGGAGAUAACUCAUACAUGACAACUAUGGUCUUGAAUUACCCCAAAACCUUGCAUUUUAAGAAGGUGACAUUUGAGCCAACCUCUCCUGCUGUUCACUGUGGCCAACCAGUACCAUUAACUUCUGCAGUCUUAUCCUGUAACUGCAGAAUUGGGUAUCCAGUGUUCAAGAAGACAACUGCAGAUUUUUCAGUGAUCUGGCAACUAGAGGAAAGCAUAUUCCAAAACAAGUCUUCGAUCACUGUGAAUAUCACAAACAUAAAUGAAAAUAGGACCAUUCUGACUGAAGAACACAUCCUUGAUGUCAGAUAUGCAUUCACUGCAGUCCUUACCAGACCCGUUUCUUCAAUGUAUGUGAACGUUGGUGAAGGACUACUUGAAAACAAAGAAUUCAGAUUUAAUAUAAAUGGAGAAAAUCGCUUUAAUGCUACCAUCAAGUUACAGAUUUGUGUUCCCAUAAAUAUACAAGGUCACAACAUAAUGACAGUCAAAAAUGCAUCAGGAACACAGGAGGGGACGGCGUGCGCGGUCAGCGGGGAGACGGCACCGGCAGCGUGGGGGGAGAGCGGCGGCACGGACCCCCAGGGUAUUCGGGAUGUGCAGUAUCAGAGCGUGCACUGCUCUCUCCAAAGUGACGGCGACAACAUUACCGUGAUAGCGGAACUGUCUUUAAGCAAUGCGCACCAGUUUUUAAAAAGUGGAAGUGCUUUGCUGGUCCCUGGGAAAAUCACCUUCAACAAAGAACGGUAUCUGGGCCUGGAAGAAGAGAAUCAUAAUGCUGAGAUUACUCUUAUCUUCCUGAAAGACGAAGUGUUUGAUCCCUUGCCUAUUAUUGUAAGAAGCUGCUUUGGUGGACUUUUCCUGCUGGUGUUCAUUAUUCUGCUCCUCUGGAAGUGUGGCUUUUUCAAAAGAAAAUAUAGAGCUAUGGUGGAGCAAGAGGAUACGUCCUGAAGACUGAACUGGCCAAAGCAGACAGCUCUGUAUGCUUUCCCCAGCUUUUGGAAAAAAAAAGUCUCUGGCAAAGUCAAAGUCUGGCUAAGAUGCAAAGCAAUCCAUAUUCCCUGGAAGAGCUAUGGCACUCCAGAUCUUGGCACUCUCCCAUAUUGCUGUUCUAACCAUAGGGGCCCAGCUCUUUUGGGCAAUUCGGUUACCAGCUUGUUUAAUUUGAGGUAUUUAUCACAGAGGUAUUGACAAACUUGAUUCCCCAUGAGAAAUUUUGCUUAUUGUAGAUACACUAGGAAAAAAUCAUCUUGGAGCUUGUUAGAUUUAUGUAUUGGAUUGCAGACUUAGUUGCUGUGAUGCUGAGUGGCUCUUGAUUUUGGUAUUGAGUAGCUUCAUAAAAUUGAAAUGAAAAUUGAUUAGGGGAAGCUUUCCAUCCUGCUAUUGCUAUUGAAAAUGGAGACACAAGCAUUUUACAUAUACAUGUAUAUAUAUAUGCACAAAUUUGUGCAUUUUAAUACUGUAAAUAGUAACACAGUAUGUCCCUUGAUGUCUGGUUCUUGGAA